AUGCCUUCAACCAGCUCCAAUGAGGGCGCUCCUCUGGCUGAUUACUUUUGGAUUGCCGGCGUGGACGGCUCCGAGAUUCUAGACACCUUCAAGCGACUGGGUGAGGACUAUCGUAUCAAUGGAGCCGCCUCUCCAGGCCCCGCGCUCGCCGAUGCGAUCCAGGAAGACGCCGAUGCGGAGGAAGAAUACGGGCCGGAUGCAACCUCCCGCCCCAACUCGACGCUCUACGCUGGGAAUAGCAUCCGGCGCAGCUCCAACCAGCGCCUGUCGACCCUUUCGCGCGCCGAUUCGGACCAGCCCAAUGGCGCCGGGAGCAACCGCAGCAGUGUGACGGUGAAGGGUGCCUCCUCCCCGUUACGGGCGUCGGCCAUGUUCUCCGAAGACUUUGAUUUUGACCAAGCGUUGCUGAAAUUCUCUUCCGAGAGAGAUACCUUUUUGACGGAUCUGAGCUUGAGUGCGGGCGCGAUUACCCCGAACACGCGCCCGCGAUCUCGCGUCCGCACACAAAAGAUCGUCUCGGAGGAUUCGCCGUCUCAGGGUGCUAAUCUGCUACGAUCGGGUAUUGGAAGUGUGCGCCGGCAUAUGUCGUUCCGGGAUAUGAACAGUAUGAAGAGGCAGCCGUCGACCAUUGCGCGACAAGCUUCUGUACGCACGUCUCGACGACUCAGUAACUAUAAUUCGGUGAUUCCAGUACCGCAACCCCUCGAGAUCUCGCCUACAAUGCACCCGUUGAAGCGCCGCUUUGAACCCGUUCUGCUCGACCGAUACCCCACGCGAGGCAUGCCCGACGAGUUGAAGCAGCGAGGCAACUUUCCCGACUACAUACCCAUGUUUGCCUUUCCGAAUGAUAUCAAUAUCGUCGCUUCAGAUCAACGGCCGCGGUCGACUUGGCACGGAUUUGCCAUGACAACGGACAAUGGCUCGAAAUUGCACGCAAUCUGCGUGAUUAUCUGGAUCCCGCUCAACCCCAAAGCUGCGGAUGAGUUGGAGAAGCGAUGUGAGGAGUGGCGGAAGGAUAACAUGACGGACGAGGAGCGGGAGCUGGCAGCGAGUCUGGGGGAGCGGCUUGCGUUGGAGCGUGCAAAGCUGUCCAGACUGCUGGCACAGUUGCCGAAUGUGCCCUCUGGGUCCGACUCUCGUGAAAGACUAGAGGAUGAGAUUAGUGCGGUCGAGGAGAAGAUCGGGCUGAUGACGGAUUUGCUGCGCCCGGUGCGACACGCUGCGUCAUCCAAGAUCGAGGGUCUCACCGAUGGCGACACGGGAUUCUGGAUUCCUCGCGCAUACGGUAUCCUAGGCCGCGAAGCGAAUAUGACUACUUUCUGGAAGGAAUGGCUGAAAGCGAUUGUUGUGCCCAUGACCGAGGGUGGCGUCCAGCGUGUUCCGCCCAGCUCGCCACGAAUGGGGGUCUGGCAGCCGCUGGAGCGCUAUGUCAUGAAUCUCUGUACGGAAGCAUUCUGCCCGGUCUCGUCCAAGACGCAAGUCGAGCUGGCAGUUCGCGAGUUGCGGUUAUUCGCCCGCCAGGAAGCUUCCAACGAACUCCCCGGUUCUCGCAAUACGGACCUGUAUGCCUUGUUCCGGACGUUGUCCGUCCCAAACAUUAUCAUCCUUUUCGAGUAUGCUUUGACAGAGUCUCGCAUUAUUUUCUUGUCAUCCCACACUUCUAUGCUCUACCUCGCGACCAGGGCCCUGGUUGACCUGCUCUUCCCGAUUCAGUGGACUGGUGUUUUGAUUCCCGUUCUCCCCGCUCGUCUGGUUCAGGCCAUUGAAGCGCCUUGUCCGUACAUUGUGGGUAUCGAGCGCCGAUAUGAAAAGGUGGAAUUACCAACCGACGACUUUGUUCUGGUGGACCUGGAUAACGAUAUGAUUGAGAGUACCCUGCCCCCAACUCCUCUACCCCGUCAUCAACGCCGAAAGCUUCUAUCGCUCUUGCAGAUGGCUGCACCUCAUCACAGCCGUUGCGGCGUGCCCACCGGUCCCCCAGCAUACGCGAUUGAAACCUAUCCCUGGGACACGUUCUUGUCCGAAAGUGCAGCUACAUACGCCUCGAAAGCCCCGCCAACCAACCUUGCCAAAUACGUUGGCCUCAAUUCCAGCGCCUUCGGCUCGACUGCCGUGACUCCGGGAACAUACCAACCUCCGAUCUUCAAUGCAUUCCUCCAUGCCCGUAAUGAGCAGGCCUCCUCGCGUGGGUACUCGUCCAAGAGCUAUGAUCGGCCAGGAACCAGCUCCACAGCCAGGGCCAGUGCGUCGCCGCCAUCACCCAGAGAAAGCUCCCCUACUUCGGGUCACUUCCCUCCGCCUCCGCCGACGCCGUCAUCUCGGAAUGACUCUGGUAUGGCACUGCAGGCAUCGCUGCGUGAGAAACGGUCUGGCCAUUUCGAUGCUUCAUCUCGGAGGAGUUCGUCCUUUGGCAUGACGCGCCGCCCAAGUGCACCUUUCCUUGGACAUGCCUCCAAUCUGUCCGUCACCACGCUCAACACGGACUACGGGCCGGGAUCGACCUAUGCUCCGUCGGUGUAUGCCCAGUCCACCAUUGCCGCAUCGACAAUUGUCCCGCAGGCUGCUGUGCAGCCCGUUGACAACGCCGCGGGUACUGCCUGGGUUGAGGGUCACUAUUUCCAGACCCAGCCGUGGGACGAGAAGCUAGUCUGUGCCAUCUGCGAUGACCGUGCGGAAGAAGGCAUGUUCAAGUGCUCGCAGUGCAAGCUGGCCGUUCACAACCGCUGUGCCUCCCAGGUCUGUCUGGUCUGUGACGCUGCCUUCCAUCCGGAUCAGAUCCGUGCUGCCUUUGUCAGGUGCUUCGCAAGCUUGUUUUAUACGUAUAAGAAGUACCUUGUUCCGGCUAGCGGCGAGAAGAAAAAGGCUGGAAUGUACUACUCGUUCAAUAUGGAAGGUUUUGCGAAGAGCCUUCCACAUGAGCAUGCCGAGUACAUUGCUGUCCUGCAGCAGACGCAAGGAUUUAAUGAGUUCAUCAGUGAGCGCGAAAGAACCAACCCCAAGUCCAAGGACUCACGGAUGGCCCUCUUCGACGAGAUUGUGCUUUCCAAGCGCAACCGAGGCCGCAGCUCCAUCUUCUCCGGUCGAUUGACGACCGAUUUCUUGUCCGACACCUCCAACCACCUGUGGCGAACCGCCAGUGCAACCUUCUUCGCGCCAAGCAGCCGUAGCCAACCAAACCUGUCCAGUGAUUACAGCAGAGUCGUUCAACGAGCCCCGGCCAAGCUUGACACGAGUCUCAUGAAAGAACCCCGCAUGAUCCAUGGAGCUCCGCGGGUCUCCAAGACGGCAAAUACUGCCCGUCGAAAGCCGUUGCCUAAGCUCAUGAAUGGUCUGGCGAUCUCCCCCCCGAGUUAA